AAGAGGCAGGCCGACAUGCUGAGUGACAGGAUAAAGAGGAUUGUCUGUCUGCUGCCCGGUGAGAGGCUAAUCCUGAGCCCGUGUCCCCGUCUCUCCGAUCCCAUCUCGGUUCUUCAGUCUGCUCUCACUCUGCACAGCGAGCGCUCCGGACUGAAGGAAACACUCAGGCGAUCCGCAGGGCCUCCUCUCUUCAGACAGACCUCAGGUACAAACAAAGAGCACGUAACCAUGGCGAACUCCUUCACCCGCAUGAUGUCCGGCCGUCACACGGCAGUGAUUCUGGCCAGCAUCGGCGCCGGCACCCUGGCCUCUGGAUACCUUCUCAGUGACCACGUCGUCGCCGCUGCCGAGAGGACGAGGCUCUACCCCCCCAGUGCAGAUUUCCCUGACCUGAGGAAGCACAACAACUGCAUGGCAGCAGCCCUGACCCCAACCAUCUAUGGGCACCUGAGGGACAAGAAGACCCCCAAUGACUGGACCCUGGACCAAUGCAUCCAGACCGGGGUGGACAACCCUGGACACCCCUUCAUCAAGACUGUGGGCAUGGUGGCGGGAGACGAGGAGAGCUACGAGGUGUUUGCUGAGCUCUUUGACCCCGUUAUCAAGGACAGACACAAUGGCUACGACCCUCGCACCAUGAAGCACCCCACUGACCUGGAUGCCUCCAAGGUUGGCACACGCCGUGUUCUCCUAAGUCUUUGCUUCUCCGCGCCACGUGGUCGGGUUUUUUUUCCUUCCACUCCUUCGUACACUGACCAGACACUUGCUCCUCCCCAGGUCACCUCGGGAAUGUUCGAUGAGCGCUACGUGCUGUCGUCUCGAGUCCGUACCGGCCGUAGCAUCCGCGGACUGAGUCUCCCGCCGGCGUGCUCGCGCUCCGAGCGCCGGGAGGUGGAGCGCGUCGCCGUGACCGCUCUGUCCGGCCUGAAGGGAGACCUGAGCGGCCGCUAUUACAGCCUGGGAGACAUGUCUGACCGAGAGCAGCAGCUGCUCAUCGAUGAUCACCUCCUGUUCGAUAAACCUGUGUCACCUCUGCUCAUGUCGGCCGGGAUGGCCAGAGAUUGGCCUGAUGCUCGUGGGAUCUGGCACAACAACGAGAAGAACUUCUUAAUCUGGAUCAACGAGGAGGACCACACGAGGAUCAUCUCCAUGGAGAAAGGAGGAAACAUGAAGAAAGUGUUUGAGCGGUUCUGCAGAGGUCUUAAACAGGUGGAGGAUCUAAUUCAAGAGAGAGGCUGGGAGUUCAUGUGGAACGACCGUCUGGGCUACGUCCUCACCUGCCCCUCUAACCUGGGCACUGGGCUCAGGGCCGGUGUGCAUAUCCGCCUGCCCAUCCUCAGCAGGGACCCUCGCUUCAAAAAGAUCCUGGACAACCUGAGGCUGCAGAAGAGAGGCACGGGAGGCGUGGACACGGCUUCCACCGGAGACACCGUCGACGUCUCCAACCUCGACCGUCUGGGCAAGUCAGAGGUGGAGCUGGUACAAUUAGUGGUUGACGGCGUCAACUACCUAAUUGAGUGCGAGAAGAGGCUGGAGAAGGGCCAGGACAUCAAGAUCCCCUCCCCCAUCGCUCAGUUCAGGAAGUGAACGUCACCUCAGCUGGGAGUCCUGGACUAGAGAGAAGCUCCAACCGCUGGUCGUUAAUCUGUUGGUCCGACAGAAUAUUCAUGUAGAGCACUGUACUCAUGUACGUGCACAAUAAAUGAAUUACAUGUAGACAUAUUUUAAACACAAUAAACUAUAUUGAUGAA